UCCUGCUUUGGAAACCAUGCAUUUCCUAGUCAGACUAGCGGUUUUCCUCAGCCUGUGUGGCUGUUCCAACGCUCAGGGACAAACGAAAGAAGACACAGAGGAAGUGAAAAUAGAGGUUCUGCAUCGUCCAGAAAACUGCUCCAAAACAAGCAGGAAAGGAGACUUGCUAAAUGCCCAUUACGACGGCUACUUGGCUAAAGAUGGCUCCAAAUUCUACUGCAGUCGGACACAAGAUGAAGGCCACCCGAAAUGGUUUGUUCUUGGUGUUGGGCACGUCAUAAAGGGGCUAGACAUCGCAAUGAUGGACAUGUGCCCUGGAGAGAAGAGAAAAGUGAUUAUACCUCCCUCGUUUGCUUAUGGAAAAGAAGGUUAUGGUAGCUUGAAGAAGUUUUUCUUCUGGCAAAAUGUCCUUGACUCGUGUCACGGAACACCCCUGCAUGUCUUGAAAUGCAUGUGGCUUUCUAGAGCUUUAAUUAACGGUCUAUGUGCAGAAGGCAAGAUACCACCCAACGCAACACUGAUGUUUGAGAUUGAACUUUACGCUGUGACCAAAGGACCACGGAGCAUUGAAACAUUUAAGCAGAUUGACACGGACAACGACAGGCAACUCUCUAAAGCCGAGAUCGAGCUUUACUUGCAAAAGGACUUUGAGAAAGAUGAAAAGCCCCGGGACAAGUCCUAUCAAAAGGCAGUUUUGGAAGAUAUCUUUAAGAAAAAUGACCACAAUGGAGAUGGCUUCAUUUCUCCCAAGGAAUACAAUGUGCACCAACAUGAUGAGCUAUAAAUUUUAUUUCUUUGUUAGUAAAUUACUGUACUUUGCUUUAAAAAAAAGUCACUUUUCUCCAUGUUGUGGUUGCCUGUUUUCCCUUAUGAAGAGAUAUUUGUUUCCUUUAAUAAACAUAAUUUUGGUGUGAU